AUGUGCAUAGCGUGGUUAUGGGGAACAUUUAGCUCCAGUGAAGUGAUCAAACUUUGGCGCCAUCUGCACAAUGCUACAAAGAGGAGUGACGAUGAUAAUGAUGGCAUACCUGAUGGUGGUGGUGCUGAUGAUGGUGAUGAGAAGUUCAAAGAUUGUGAUCAUAUACCCAGAGUUGUAUAUAGCACACUUCAACGAAACUCUGAAGCGAGAAAAUCAAAACAGCAGCAACUGCAAGCCAACAACAACGUCAUCAACAACAGCAUCGACAACAACAACAUCUCAAUCAAUCCAUUUUACUACAACAACUACAACAACAACAUUGUGAAAAUACCAAAAUAUUUGAAAUCAAGCAACGUUAGCCCUGCCCUACCGUUCAGCGCAAACAACAUCAUCAACAACAACAUCAACAACAACAACAACGACAUCAAGUAUAACAUUAGUUCUGAUUUUGACGAUGGCCGAGAAGAGAGCUUCAAAGAUUUUCCACUGCCUAAGAAUGCAACGAGAAUAUGA